AGCAGCAUUGCAAUUUUUCGAUAAUCCACGUGCGUCACGAAAUUGGACAGAUAGAGGGCUUUGUCUCAUCUGAGGACAAUUGACAGUUCAAGUUUAUUUUGCAGUGGUUAUAAUUAAAAAAUUAAUCAAGAAAAUGGUUUUCUUUUUCGAAAGCGACGUCGUUCAGCCACCGGUCACCCUUUUCAUGGGACUAGACAAACACGAAAACGAAGAUCUCAUAAAAUGGGGCUGGCCAGAAGACGUUUGGUUUCAUGUGGACAAAUUUUCUUCUGCUCAUGUCUAUCUGCGUUUGAGACUUGGGCAAACCAUUGACGAUAUUCCAAACGCUGUACUAGAAGAUGCAGCACAAUUGGUAAAAGCUAACAGCAUCGAAGGAAAUAAAGCAAACGAUGUCGAUGUUGUAUACACAAUGUGGUCAAACCUGAAAAAGACACCAGGAAUGGAAGUUGGUCAAGUUGGUUUCCAUAAAGAAAAAGAAGUUCGAAAAAUUCAUGUGUCAAAGCGUAUAAACUCGAUUGUUAAUCGUAUCAAUAAAACGAGACGCACUGAACAACCAAAUUUACGUGCCGAACGUGAGGAGAGAGACCGGAAAGAACGCGAAGACAAAAAGAAACUACUUCGUGAACAAAAAGAGCGCGAAAAGAUGGACGAAAAGAGACGACAAGAGGAAGCCGAGAUGAGGAGUUACUCGUCUUUAUUCAGCAAAUCAAGCAUGACGACAAACACUGAAACUUCUGGAUACGACUCGGACGAUUUCAUGUGAUAAAAUUAAACGAUUUUCAAUAAAUUAUAAUUUGCUUGUC